AUGACGGAGGAGACUCGUCCUCGUGUUGUCAUUGUUGGAGCUGGUUGGAGCGGCAUCACACUCGCGAAAACGUACCUGCAGCUAGAUUCCGAAACCCCAAUCACGCUUCUGGAAGCGGAGAGAACGCUUGGAGGAGUAUGGUCCGCUGAUAGAGCUUACCCAGAGCUCCAGACCCAGGUACCUUAUGGACGCUACGAGUCUUGGGAUCUACCCAUGUCUCGUACAGACGGCGUCAAACCUGAGCGAGCAGACUUUAUCCCGUCAUGCCGAAUGCACGACUACCUUGUGGAGCUGGCACAAAAAUUCAACGUCAUGGACAAAAUUCGGUUCAAUAUCUCUGUCACUCAUAUUGAGAGACAUGAGAAUGGCGUUCAAUGGAAACUUCGCGUCACAGAUACCUCCAAGGGAGCUGAAGAGGAGAUUAUCUGCGACAAACUGGUCAUCGCCACGGGCGUACAUUCGUUGCAUAAGAUUCCAGAUAUACCAUCUGAGAAUUUCACACCUCUCACGAUUCACUCGCGGUUCGUUGGACAACAUUAUCACGACCUGCAUUCCCCAGACAUCGAGGUGGUGACGGUAUAUGGCGGCGGCAAGUCUGCAUACGACGUGGUUCAAGCUGCAUCGAAUGCAGAAAAAGAUGUACAUUGGGUGAUACGAACCAGUGGAGCCGGUGUUGGUGCCAUUGUCGGGCCAGAGUUUCUGGGACAAUCGACCGUCGACAGCCUGUUCACUCCUGCGAUGGAUUAUCUGAAUCCGCACCCGUUGCGUGCUUCUUGGUGGGACCGGUUCCUCCACAGUGGGAGGAACCGGUUUGGAUAUUGGCUCCAUUGGGGUAUAACAGGUCUUUUCAGCAAUAUCUUUACCAAUUUGUGGAGGUAUGACGAGAAUGAGAGGCUCAGAAGUCUCAAACCUCCAUUUCUGGAUCGCAUUAUAUAUUGGCAGAAUGCACCAUUGCUCGCCGUAUCAGGCCCAGAAUUGAUCAAAAAGAUACGUGCAGGAGACGGUAUCAGUAUUCAUCGGGCGGAAAUCGUCAAACUCUCCGGGCGGACCAUCCAUCUCCACGAUGGUUCGUCAUUGCAGACCGAUGCCCUGGUCUACGCCACAGGCUACAGCAUUCACCAUCCCAUAUUCUCACAAAAGGAUUCAUUCGAACUCGGUUUACCUGUUCGCAUUUCUCAAAUACCCACCAUCGCGCCCGAUGCCUCGUGGCCGACGCAGGAUAUGCUUGAUGCGGACAAAGAGGUCCUCGAGCGGUUCCCUCGUCUACGUGAUCCACCUAUCCAGCCCAAGAGUCCAGAAUGGACACAGUACUGGCUCUAUCGCUUCAUUGUCCCAUUUCCACUACUUCAGAGGAAUGAUCGGUCAUUAGCCUUUGUUGGGUAUUUGGGCGGGGGAACUCUCAGCCUCGUGGCGGAUGUGAGUGCCCUUUGGGCCGUUGCUUGGCUGAGUGGACGACUGGAGAUCAAGAGGCCGUAUGAGGAGAUGGUUCAGGAAUGCGACUUGCUCAAUGCGUUUCUCAAGAGGCGUUGUAUCAACGCAAGCCAAGCGGUUCCAUAUAUGCCGUUUGAAGGGCUCACGCUUAUGAAACAGAUGCUGGACGAGCUCGGUCUUGAGCCGCCAAACUUGGGGGUGUGGAGACCGCACUUUCCAAAGGCGUACAAGGGGAUUACGGAGACGUGGUUGGCAAAGAAUGCCGAGUAUACCCAGAGACAAUAG